CCGGCAAUUCGGUAAGGUGUCACCUCAGUCCAUUGCUGAAAUAAAAGGGUGCCAGCAUGGUCAGGAACGAGAUUCUAGUUAAAAACUCGAAGGGGCCCUCCAUUAGACCGAACUGGCACUUGCACCGUGCCCUUUGUUACGGACUUACCAAAGGUCUAUUGCGUUGAGUAGUUCGUCAGCUAUAUAAGGAUCCAUUCUGGCUACUCCUUGUUGAAUCAUAAGCACCAGAUUCCUUGUCCACGCCGCAACUCCUGGUUCCCCACCCUCAUUUCCUGGAUAUCUCUUUUCGCCAUAUCAGCACUUCCGUCAGAAAACACCACUGAAGAAACAAGAAUGCCUCGUCUUGCACCCAGUUUUCUCCUGCUGCUCUCUGCAGCUUUUGCCGUCAGUGCUCAGCAAGACGAAUGCUCAACGCAAGUACAUGUCUCCUCCGAGGCCGACCUCUCUCCGGUCAUGGCUUGCUCAGCCUUCAGCGGCUCUGUUAUUAUCUCAGGCUCAAACAUCAAUUCUGUCGCCUGGCCCGCUCUCAAAAGCCUUGCCGGGUCUAUCAAGAUCUCUUCUAACUCACAUUUGACCACGCUCUCUCUCAAUGGGCUCCAAGCUAGCACAGGGACCAUCACCCUCUUCAACAAUACCCUCCUCUCCGUCAUCAGUAUGUCAAACCUGGAAUCUCUGGGCGGUCUUGAGAUUAUUACUGCGCCCGACUUGAAGCAGCUCUCUCUUCCCAAAAUCCAAGCCCUGAGCUCGCUCAAGAUUGAGGACACUGGAUUAGAUAACUCUGGCACUCUCCCUUGGACCAGUCUUUCCAAGGUGACAGAUUUCGGCGUCAGCAACAACAAGUUCUUGAAGAGCAUCGAGAUGCCCAGUCUAACAUCCAUCUCUGGACGGCUCGUCGUCGCUGCGAACGGACUCAUGGAAGGUCGAGGCAAAGGAUUAAGUCUGCUGCUUCCAAACUUGACCUCGGUUUCGAACUGCACGCUCCGCCACUUGACCGGUCUCCAGAUACUUUCGCUCUCAGAAGUGAGUUCUAGCCUGUCGUUUGACGAGACAAACCUUGAGGCUAUCAAAGCUCCGCAGCUCAAGACCAUUGGCCAGACAUUGAGUAUUGUCUCGAACAAUCUCCUGAGCAACAUUUCAUUUCCAGAUCUGACCUCCAUUGGAGGUGCCUUGCUGAUCGCCAACAACACUGAUCUGACUGAUAUUAGUGGGUUCGGAAAACUGAAGGAUAUCUCAGGCGUGCUCAACAUGCGCGGAGCUUUCAACAAUAUCUCCCUGCCCUCUGUUUCGACGGUCAAGGGCGGCAUGUCGAUCCUGUCGAGUAGCAAGGACUUUGAUUGCUCAUCGAUAAACCAUGUCAAAUCUGCCGCUCGCGGAAAGACCGUAUGCCAGGCCAUGGUGAAAUCUGCCAAACCAACCAAUGCGAACGGUACUGACCUUGCAGGAUCUCUAGUCGAAUCUUCCGCGACCACUGUUAUCAGUGACCCGGAGAUUAUCUGGGCCGCUGUUGCCGUACUCAGUAGUGUUGCCUAUAUCUUCUGAAAGCCAUCCGCGUCAUCUCCAUCUUUUUUAUUUACCACGGCUUAAAGGCAUAAACAUCUGAUAGUAAUAAAAGAUAGUCUUCAAUAAUAUUUGCCAGCAGUAGGGAGCGUUCCUCAUGCUGAGCGCAC